CCGCCUUGAACUGCAGCAGAUUGACAAAGAAAAGAGAAAAAAAGAAACAAGAGGAAACAACAGGGUGGGAUUUGCACAACAAUAAAAAUAUUUAUCAAGAGGGGGUGUCCGUGAUGGAGCUGGGGUGCUGAGGCCGAGCCCCGAGCGCAGCGAGCCCCGGAGUCCGGAGAGACGUCAGCGCGGCGGCGGGAGGGCGAGAGGCAGAGCCGGUGCCAAUGCAGCCGCCCAGAAGGCAGCCGGAGCUUGUGGAAGGAAGCCUUCCCGUGUUCGUGUUCCCCACCGAGCUGCUCUUCUACGCCGACGAGCAGGCCUCCCACAAACAGGUGCUCACCCUCUACAACCCCUACGAGUUUGCCUUAAAGUUCAAAGUGUUGUGUACGGCGCCCAGUAAGUAUGCUGUGGUGGACGCCAGCGGAGCCGUGAAGCCGCAGUGCUGUGUGGACAUUGUUAUCCGUCACCGGGACGUGCGCGCCUGCCACUAUGGCGUGAUCGACAAGUUCCGCCUUCAGGUAUCGGAGCAGAGCCAGCGCAAGGCCCUGGGGCGCAAGGAGGUGAUCGCCACGCUGCUGCCCUCGGCCCAGGAGCAGCAGCAGCAGCAGCGGCAGCAGGAGGAGGAGGAGCGCAGAGUAAAGGAGCAGCUAACUGAUAGCGUCUUCUUCGAGCAGGCUGCCUUCCAGCAAGAGAGCCGCAGCCCCUCGACCGGACCAAGCCUGCUGACCGUGCUGCUGGGCCUGGUGUGUGUGGCCGCCCUCAUGCUGCCUACGCUGGGAGAGAUCGAGUCAAUAGUGCCUGUCUACCUCCAUUUAAGUGUUAACAAGAAACUUGUAGCUGCUUACGUUUUAGGUCUUCUUACGAUGGUCAUUCUGCGGACAUGAAGUACGACGGUUGUGAGGAACACUCUGGGGAGACACAGCGAGGUGACAUCACUGUGCCUGAAGAGUGUGGAGGAGGAGGGCGGGGCGGGAAGACCCCCCCCCUCACAUGAAAUAAUGUUUUUACCUAUUUAAAUGACCAGGAGGGCUGGGCGGAGCUGAUGAAGGACAGAAUGAAGUGCAGUGCCUGACUGGAGUCCGGGGGGCAGGGUUUGGGGGGGGGCGGGUUAACUGGGUGGAGCCGUGGAGUUUUGUAUAGAAAUCUGGAAACAUUUUAUUAAAGUGUCAGUCAACUUUA